AUGGUCAAACGAAAGAAACAAGAAAUUAAAAAGGAGGAAGACGCCGAAGAGCUGAUUCCGUCCAACGACGACGAGGACACGGAGGACGAAGAAAGUCCAGCGUCGUCGUCUCCACAUGCAAAGGGCGCAAGCAAAAAGAAAGGACGCAUCCAGCGAAAGACUCGGUCGCCAAGGAGGGCUUCGAGGAGGGCUAUGGCCAAAUUGAAGGAAGAAGACACGGAGGAUGAGGAGGAUGUAAAGGAUGAACAUGCUUCCAAUAUUGAUGCGGAUGAAACUGAAGAUGACGAAGCUUACAGCAAUCAAGACGGCAAAGGCGAUGGCAAAAGGGAUGACGACGAUGAGGAGGAGGGAGACGUGGCACAGCCCAAAAAGAAGCGCAAAACCGGCAAGGGAAAGCAUAAAUGUCCGCAUUGUGAAAAAGAAUUUUCUUCCGAAGGAGGCCUCAAGUAUCAUAUUGAUCAGUGUACCGAUCCGAAAAUUCUAGCCAAGGCCAACAAGAAGAAACGAACGAGGGGCAAAACCAAGACCAGAGGGACCGACACACCAAAAAGCUACAGCAAACGAUUUCGGGGCAAAUUGGAAGAUCGACGUUGUCCAGAUUGUGAUCGGGUAUUCACCAGUACUCUGGGAUUAAACUAUCAUAUUAGUCGCAAGGUUUGUCAACAGAACAACAAGUCAGACUCGAAACAGAUGAUUCUCAACAAUUUGGCACCUGGCGAACGAUUCAUGACUACCUUUGGUGUGGUCCAAGUCGUUUCGGAUGGUCGGGGUGAAUCUACAGCACCAGUGUGCAAGAUCCCGCCAACCGAGCUGCGGACAUACAAUUCCAAGAAAAUCAAGACCGAAAAGCAACGGCAUAAAUGCAUGGUUUCCAAGUACAUUCGAUUGCGAGCACGUAAGCGUCAGAUCAACAUGCUUUUGGAAGAAGGAAAAAGUAUCAACAAGACGUCGGUUUUUUUUGCCUAUCACGGUGGCAAUCCGACAGACCUGAACGAAAACAAAAAACUCGCGCCAAUGCCCCUACUGCCUGACGAUAUCCAUGUCCCUCCGGAAGCUUGUCCAGAUCGUAUGGUGGAGUGUGUGUGGGUGCAGCUAGAUGGCUCGAUUCCGGAGAAUCAAAAUUCUACGCAACGCUUGUUCCUCCAACGGCGCAUUCUGACUGAUCCAUAUGUUGGUAGUGGGAACAUUAAUGCUUGCGAAGACUGUGGCAGAAAGUUUACUUCGACUCCAGGCUACACAUAUCACGUCCGAAAUCGUGUGUGCAUUUCCAAAAAUGCGAAACUAUCAGCAGCUAGAAAAGAGACACAACAUACCUUGGAAGCGGGAGCAUCGCGCAUUCUUGCAAACAAAUGCUUCCCGCCUGAAUAUGAACCCCAACAGGACUUUGCUCCUCGAAAGAGGAAGGGGAAGAGAAAGAAGGUAUUCGGGAUGUACCCUGAGGUAGUCAUUUCCCUGGGAUACAAGGUAAUCAAAGAGGAUAUUAAGUUUACAGACGACAUGCUAUUUCAUGCGAGUACUGAAAUGGAAAUGAUGGGCUCCAACGCACCCCCACCCACCCUAUCCCUAACUAAGGAUGCACCCGAAAAGAUUAUGGAAGACCUAGCAAAGAAGCUAGAAGAGCGCCAACGUGUUUCCGACGACCAGAAGUAUGGGUCCAUGUAUAAGGAAGUGUACAAGGCUCUUCGAUACACAAAACCAAAGAAUCGGAAAGAUAUUGGAUCUAGUUUACGUCGCAAACGAGCGAAAGUUGUCAAGCCGACUCCUCCCAUUAUUGAUAUUUCUGCGCUCGCGGAUGAGAUUGAUUCCGGUCGGUAUCCGAGUAAGAAGCGAUACAAGGGAGACGAUCACACUGAUUAUUGUGCCAUUUGCAAGGACGUAGGUAGCUUGUUGUGUUGUGAUUUCUGCCGGAAUGCUGUGCACAUGCAUUGCAUGGCCGAUAAGUUCACCAUCAAGGCUCCCGAGCCAGACGAAGAUUUCAUGUGUCAUAAGUGCAUUCAAACCAUCAUGGCACGAAGAAAGCGUGCGGAAGGCCGGCGUCUUAAGAAACAAGAAAAGGAUGAGGCGGAUAGGAUUACAAUUCAGAGACAGAACCCAGAUAUCAAGGCGGGAAUGGAGUAUGAACAAUUGGCAAGCAAGGGACAAGAAUAUUCCGAGCUAAUCGAACUGCUGCAAGAUGCUCGACAACGAUUGCGACAAUCUUUGGCCACAAGCAAGAUGAAUGACAUUCGCAGAAAACUGAUGCAGUUUGACUAG